CCAGCGUACUGUAUGAUUACGUCAGUCCCCGGCAUGCUUUGCCGCUUCCGGAGGCCAAUUCGUCUGUGGAGUUCGCUUGUUGUCUUUGAGGGCGGUUAGUGGUCUUAUUGGAGGCAGAAUUGUUCCCGGGAUUGUAAACAGAGCUAUGAAAGAAAUUAAGGAGGAGGAGAGGCACCGGAAGAGGAGGCCGCACAGCCCGGAGACGGUCUCGGUGAAGAAGGAGAGGGUCAGCCCGCCUAGGCCUCACCGGGCACGGCGGGGUUCAAGCUCAGGAAGCAGCGGAGGAGCAUCCCCCCAACCACAGCACCAGGGGAGGAGCAGGUCACCAACAAAAAAGAAAAAGAGCCAUGUCAGGAGAAGCAAGUCUCCAAGAAGGAGAAACAGAAGUGAUAGUAGAAGUCCACCUCCUGUUCCUGUAAAAAUAAAGCAGGAAAAAGAAAAGCACACUCGCAGAGCUCAUGAUGACAAGCAACCCAGGGAGAGGUGGGAAAAAGAUGACAGAAGAAACAGUCACCGAGACCAAGCAGGUCAAGCAGGCAUCAGAGGUCAUCACAACCACUCGAGGCAUAGGGAAAGGGAUCGUGAUGAGCAACAUAUCAGAGAGCAGAGAGAAGAAAGGGAGGUCCACAAUGACAGGAGGAGGGAAAGACGCCAGAGGCAAGAGCAGGAAGGAGAGAUUGAAAAUCCAGAGGCUGAGGAUGCUGAAGAGCAAACUAAAGAAAAAGAAAAACCAAACUUUGGACUUUCCGGGGCUUUACUUGAAGAUACAAAUACUUUCAGAGGAGUUGUUAUAAAAUACAGCGAACCACCAGAAUCUCGUGUUCCUAAGAAACGGUGGCGCCUGUACCCAUUUAAGAAUGAUGAAGCCCUUCCAGUCAUGUACAUUCAUCGUCAGAGUGCAUACCUCCUGGGCAGGCAGAGGCGUAUUGCUGAUAUACCAAUUGAUCAUCCUUCUUGCUCCAAGCAACAUGCUGUCCUUCAGUAUCGGGUGGUUGCGUUUACACGCACUAAUGGGACCCCAGGAAGACGAGUCAGGCCUUACAUCAUUGACCUAGGAUCAGGAAACGGCACUUACUUAAACAACCAGCGAAUUGAUCCACAACGUUACUAUGAGCUGAAAGAAAAAGAUGUUCUGAAAUUUGGCUUUAGCAGCAGGGAGUAUGUUGUUUUGCAUGAGUUUUCAGAUACAUCAGAAGUGGACAAACCACAAAAUGAUGAAGAUGAGGAUGAGGUUGAAGACGAUGAGGGUACUGACAGCUAGUGAGCUGCAUAUUGAAACAUCAGAACAAGGAAGAAAAAACGAAUCUAAAAAAUAAAAUUUUCAUAAGAAACUGAAAAGUAAACUCUGUCAUGUAUUGACGGCCUGAAAACCUCUGAGAACAUUGUAAAGAAAUUGAUUUUAAUGUCUCUAAAAGACAAUAUAGAUGUAUAUACGUUUUCAUUCAGAUAAGAAAUUGCGUUUUGUGUUUUCAGCAUUUUUGAAAUAUGUCUUUUAUUUAAAAAAAAAAAGAUGGACACAUUAAACAAAACCAUUGUAACCACUGUGGUUCUAAGAAGGUG